GGGAAGACAAGCGCGCAAGCGCUAUUCGUAGCAGAAAUGGGUGAUACGGACGUUGCGAUGCAGCCGCCACCACCGUCUGAGGCGGCGGCGUCGAACCAGCCUCUUCGCUCUCUCACCGAGCCUGCCGCGAGUAGGCCUGCCGACGCAUCGCUUUUCAUCCCCGCAGCCGACGCCUACCUGCUUGAGGACGAAGAGAAGAACAAAGCACAGGCCCAACACAACCAGAAGAUCAGGGUGGGUCCGCAAAGGAAAGGGCGAGCAAUGACAGACAGAUGUGACACGCCCAGACAGAUGUGACACGGGAAAUCACUAUGGUUGUUUCUGCUCUCUUCUGAUGCAUGCAGGACUUGCUUACCGUUCGUCGUCAGUCGUCGCAGCAGCAGCAACCACAACAGGAGGAUGACAGGCCGGCCAGCGGUGCGGACGUCAUCCUCUUCUCGCCAGAGCGGCCGCCGGCACGAGCUCAUAAUGCAGUCGACAGACAGACCAGCAGAAAGCGACAGAGGUGCGCAUACACCGAGCAACUGACACAGAAGCGCAUGUGCUGGCGAUUCGUGUGCGUGUGUGCGUGUAGGAGUAGCAUGGAUGCCGUGCAGCGCGUGGCGUCUGAUCCAUCUCUUCCCGAAAUGUCACCUCUCACAGACGCGAUGGAAGCCGACGACGACGUAAGGACAGCGCAAACGCCUUUCUGUGUCCAUGACCAUCAUGCGUGCACAUCUGUGCGUGUGUGUGUGCGUGCGCGUGUGUGCGUGCGCUCCCAGGAGAGCGCGUUGCGUCCUCCGUGGUUGAUGGGUGCAUUCAGCGCUGCGUUGUGUCAGAAUGCGGCGCUGCGGCUGCACGAGGAGAUAGUUCAGUUCUGCCGCUGGAUUGACCCCGCCAAGGAGGAACGCACACUCAGACGAAAGGUAGAUCGAAUGGCAAUUGGUGACAGGGUCCGUGGGCACAUCGAUGCAUGCAUCGUUUGGCUGCUGAUUCAGUUGCUGAGUCGUGUGCGGGAGGCUGUGCGGUCGAUCUGGCCCAAUGCGACAGUGGACGCAUUUGGAUCAUGUACGUGUACGCCUGGAUGCAUACGUCCACCACACCAUUGGUCUCUCUCGGUCUGUGCACCGCGCCCCAAUGAUUUGUAGAUCGCACUGGGCUGUACCUGCCCAAUGGCGACCUCGACAUCGUAGUCGACGGUGAGUCCACACGACAGACAGACAGACACAUGUGCGGCCAUGUGUGAACAACUGGAUGUGUGUGUGUGUGUGUGUGUGUGUCAGGUCCCCCCAGUGGGCAGAACGCGUUGAAGAAGUUGGCGAGUCACCUGCUCAAGAUGAAGAUAGCGCGUGCGAUGGAGGUGAUAACCCGCGCCAAGGUGCCGAUCGUCAAGUUCAUCGACAAGGAGCGGGGCGUCCCCGUCGACAUCAGCUUCAACCAGCCCUCCGCCAUCACCACCACUGACCUCAUCGUGCAGAAGGUGCGUGAAGCAGUGAGUCGGUGCGUGGCUGCAUGGGUGAGUGAGUGAGUGUGUGUUGGUCAGUUGAAGGAGUAUCCCGUGUUGCGUCCGAUGCUGCUGCUGCUCAAGCUGUUCCUGCAACAGGUGGGAGAGACGAGUGAUGACACACACCUGUGUGCAUGUGUGUAUGAUGUGUGGUUUCUCCUGGUCUGCGCACAGCGCAAUCUCGCUGAGACGUACCGUGGCGGCGUCGGGUCGUACCUGCUCUUCGGGAUGGUACACAGAGAGGCGGGGAGACCUGCGUGCACUCAUGUGCGGCGUCUUCCUGCCUGCGUCCGUCAGGUGUUGAGUUUUCUGCAGCACCACCCGGCCACCAGCUCCAAGAACAGAUACAAGACCACAUCGCUCGGUCAGGGAGUUGAGUGCGCAUCAAUGAGUGCAUCGACAGGACGCUCCGAACGUCUUCUGUGUGUCUCUUCAUUCCCUUGUUCAUUCAGGUCACUACUUGUACGACUUCAUGAAGCUCUACGGCAACGACUUGAGAUACGACGUCGUCGGCAUAUCGUGCGCAAACCACCCAUCCAGCCACAUCGACACAUGGACACACAACAUGUGCACGCAACUGUGCAUGUGUCUCUGCUCUCUCAUGUGCAGGGUGGAGGGCCGGGGACGGUACUUCAACAAGCGGCAGCGCGGCUUCUUGUACGCCGAUCGACGCGACCUUCUCGCAUUCGAGAGCCCACUGGUCAGCUACAGGACUGUAUGCACGAAUUUCGAUUGCACCGAUCUACUGUGUGACAUACAUGGUGUGUAGGAUCCCGAUACUGAUUUGGGCCGCAAUGCCUUCCAGAUGCCGCGGGUGCGAGUGGCAUUCCAGUUCGCAUACCAGGUGACGACGCAUCGACCCACCCAGCCAGCCGCCCAGCCACAUCGAUGGUGUUGCAAUCCCAUCCCUCAUGUUGCCCUCCCUCAGAUGUUGAGUCGGCUGUUUCAAGGGCUGGACCCCCCGCUGGACCCCUCUGCGUCGCUGCUAUGCUCGCUGGGCAUCAUCUCGCCGAAGGACCCGAUCCUACACGCAAGAAGGAGACCGUGGCCGCCACCUGACAACGAGGUCAGUGAGGGAGUGAGUCAGCCAGACAAAGAACCACACAAUGCAUCUGUGCAUGAUCUCUCCGUGUGCGUAUGUGUGUGUACCUGUACCCACUGUUCAGUCGCUGGGAGUGGGUGUGGGCAUCUUUGUGGAUCAUGCCCAGGAGGCCAAGAAGGAGGAGGACGCCGAGAAGAAGGGCAGGAUUCGCGACCCCAAUGCGCGCAGAGCAAGUAUGAGCCGUAAACGCAACACACACCACACACCACACAAAUCACGGGUGCUCCCGCCUGUAGGCACGCCCAGCAACUCCAUCAUGAUCGACACCUCGUCGGCCCUCCCUGCACCAGCUGCUGCAGCGCCCGCAGCGGCGUCAUCAGCACGCCCCGCAGCCAGCCACCCACACCGCCACAACCAGCUCCAGCACCAGCGGCAGCAGCGAGUCGAGCCGGAGGUGAUCGACCUGGAGGCAGAGGACUACGAACCACCAGCACCACCACCAAUGGCACAGCAGCAGCAGCAGCAGAGGGGUCCGGUGCCGAUAUACCUGGAGGCAUUGUCGUCCAGCGAUGAGAGUGAGCAGCAGAAGCGGCGGUUCAAGAGGGGCAGGACGGGGUGACUGGCUGGGGGACGGGGCCAAGGGGGAGGGAGAGGAGGGAGAGAAGGGAGAGGAGAGAGAGGUGGGAGUGGUCCAGUACUACGUCGUGUUGUUGGCUUACAGGCUGGUGGAUUUGUGGGCGGGAGAGAGGUGCACUACCUGUAUGGUAUGCCGUGUUUGGGAGGGUGUGGUUUUGCUAUCGGGUGAGUCUGCC